AUGACACUCCUUCCAUCCGGCCGCCCCCGCCUGCAGGACAAGGUCGCCAUCGUCACCGGCGCUGGUUCCAGCGGUCCGGGCAUUGGCACUGGCAAGGCCGCCUCGAUCCUCUUCGCCCGCGAAGGCGCUCGCGUCCUGCUGGUCGAUCGCAACCUCCAGGCCGCUGAGGAGACCCUCGCGGUGAUCCACGAAGAAGGCGGCGAGGCAUCGGUCAUUGCGGCCGACGUCACCUCCGCCAGUGACUGUGAGGCCGUCGUCGACGCCGCGGUGGACCGCUACGGCGCGUUGCACGUGCUCUUCAACAACGUCGGCAUCACUGGUCCCGGAACCCCGACCGAUGUCGAGGAGAGCGUCUGGGACAACGUGCUUGACGUGAACUUGAAGAGCAUGAUGCUCACCACCAAGUACGCAGCGCCGAGGAUGAUCGAUGCCGGAGGCGGCAGUGUCAUCAACAUGUCCUCCAUCGCCGGCGUCCGCGCCGGUAGCGGCCUCGCCAGCAUCCCCUAUUCCGCCUCCAAGUCCGGAGUCAUCGGCAUGUCGGAGACCAUGGCCGUCCACCUUGGCCGCGACAACAUCCGCGUCAACGUCAUCGCGCCCGGCCACAUCUACACCCCCAUGGUCGCCGGCGCCAUGGCAGAGGAGACCCGGGAGAAUCGCCGAAAAGCCGGCCCCCUGGGCACCGAGGGGAACGCUUGGGACAUCGCCUACGCCGCCCUGUUCCUCGCCAGCGACGAGGCACGGUGGGUUUCCGGCGUCGUCCUCCCCGUCGACGCUGGCCUCCUCGCCGCCACUCCUCUAGCCAUGUACGGCCGCAUCCGUGACGAGAACUAA